GGCGGCAGUUGCCCGCUAACCGCCGCGAUCACUGGCCGCGCUCCGAUCCCGCAAGCCUCCGCAACCACUACUACUAACGCACCACAACCGUCCAACGUGCACACACAGAGAUGAGUCGUAAAGUUUGCCUGGCAGCCGCGCUGCUGGCUCUGUUCUGCUAUGCGGAUGCGCAGCGUCGCUUGGCCCUGCCGGACCCCAAGAGUUGCGCCAACAGGGUCCGUCACGCGACGUACCGGGACGGUCGCGGCGUGCUGCACUCUUACUUCAUGAGCUGGGAACACGCGCCCACACGCAGUCUCGAGGUAGACUGGCUCGACGCAAGAAACAUCUGCCGCAGGCAUUGCAUGGACACCGUCUCCCUAGAGACUCCUCAGGAAAAUGAAUUUGUCAAACAAAGGAUCGCGCGCGGUAACAUCCGCUACAUUUGGACGUCGGGUCGCAAAUGCAACUUCGCCGGCUGCGACCGGGCCGAUCUGCAGCCGCCCAACGUGAACGGUUGGUUCUGGUCCGGCUCCGGCGCCAAGAUCGGCCCCACAACGCAGCGCAACACCGGCGACUGGUCCUACACUGGUGGCUACGGACAGCCGCAACCUGACAACAGAGAGGCCGCCCAGGGUAACGACGAGUCUUGUCUGUCAAUCCUGAACAACUUCUACAACGACGGCAUCAAGUGGCACGACGUGGCCUGCCACCAUGUUAAACCGUUCAUUUGCGAGGACAGCGACGAGCUCCUCAACUUCGUGCGCUCCAGAAACCCCGGCCUCCGCAUCUGAUGCCCCUCACGCACACACAUCGCACCAACGCCUUCUAUUUUAGAUGGCUGACAUUGUACAAAAUUGACUUUAUCUUUUUAAGUUAUUUAUUAUUAAAAAUAAACAAACUAUAUUGGGUAUCUAAUUUACGUACUUACUACGUUUCCGAGCGAUGGAGAAUUAAAUUCUUUCAAGCUAUACAAACAUGAUCAAAAUACCUAAUUGUUAGAACUUGGGUCAGUCGUUUAUUGUAAAAAGCUUUUCGCACAAAUUAGUAUUAAUUUUAAGGAAUAGAAUAAAUUAAUAAUGUUUAGAAUUGUCUUUUAUUGCAUUUUUGUACCUACAAAAGGCUGGGAA